AUGCUGCACCGUGCAGAUUCUCAUCGAGCGUCGGACAAAAUUAAACGAUGUCGGACUAGCUACAGUCUUCUAACCACCUUCUUCUUAUUAGUCACAAUAUUCUGGAUUAUUAUCGGCUUAUUUGCGUCUGGAUUCUUGGCUGUGAAGUGGAUGAAAGAGGGUACCAAUCAGGAAUAUGUGAGUUUUAGGUUCUGUAAAGAAAGUUCUUGCUAUUUUUCAGUUUGUAAAGAAAGUUCUUUAAAUUUUUUGUUUUGUAAAGAAAGUUUUUGCCAUUUUUGUUAUGUAAAGAAAGUUUCUGCCAUUUUUUGUUUUGUAAAGAAAGUUCUUGCCAUUUCAAAUCACAUAUUGUUCAUGACAUUUCAGUGGCCGUUAUGGUUAAUUCUAAUCAUCACCUCCCUCUUACUAGGCAACCUAAGCCUAUACUUCCAAGUAUGUCGCAUCCUACGUGGUACUAUGUUCACAUCACCAGCACCGUACGAGCUGUGGAUCAAAUUUGAUAUGGCAUAUCGUUUUAUCGGCGCUGCCAUUAUAUUAACAUUGAUGGUGUUGGCAUUCAGUGUGAAGAGGGCGGUUCAUGUGGUCGGAUUCAUGUGGUUGUUCUUCUUGAUCAUCAUUGUUCAUGCCAUUGUUUUUCGGCAGUUAGCUUUUGGCGAGGGACAUAAGGUAUGGUUUUUGAUUUUUUCAGAUUUUGUACAGUGAGGUAAUUUAGGGUAGAUUAGAGUAGGGUAGAGUAGAAUACGUUAGGGGUAGGCUUAGGCUCAGGCUCAGGCUCAAGCUUAGGCUUAGGCUUAGACUGAGGCUUUGUCUUAGGCUUAGGUUAAGGCUUAGCCUUAGGCUUAGUCUGAGGCUCAGGCUUAAACUUAUAUUUUGAUAUAGGCUUAAAUGUGUUUUCAGGUUUAGCCUGAGGUUUGGAAUAAGUUGAAGGCUUAUACUUUUAUUUUUUUAAGCUUAUGCUGAGGCCUAGAAUUUUGCUGAAAACUUAAGUUUAGAUUCCACCUAGGCUUAGAAUAAAAAGCAGGCUUAGGCUUAUAACUCUUUGCAAUUGUUUUAAUAGUUUCUGCAUUGAUUAUUUUUUAUCAAAACGAUCUUUGAAAUUGAAAAAACGCUUUUUAAAGAUAUUUUCCAUCAAAACAAGUUUAAAGUUAGCUAAAAUUAGGUGGCGCAAAUAACUGUAACGUAUGAUAUGAGCGUUCUGCGAUAGGUAUUGUUAAGUUAUUUUUAGUUUUUUGUUACUUUAGCUAAGCUAGAAUGCUACUAGUUUUUAGUCCUAGCCUUUCUCGAUUUUUAGCCUUGCCACUAGCUUUAACCUUAGCCCUAGCUCCAGCCCAGAGCCUUGGCUCUAGCCUCGGCCUUAGCUUUAGCCCUAUCUCUAGUUUAACCUUUAUCCUUAUCCUUACCUUUGACUCUUGUCUCUACUUCUACCCUACUGUUGCUUUCUUUAUGACUUUUACAAGGUAUACCCUUACAUAUCAUAACUAUAAUCAUUUUUCCCCUUCAGAUGCGCGCCUUCAUCGAUCAAAGCCGGCGGAACGGCACGGUCUCGUCGGAACGGAACCUUUUCCGAAACUUUCAGCAACGUCAACUGAAGCGAGCGGCUCGUUUCCCCUGGUUUCGACCGAAAAUGGCACAAAAUGCGACGAAUGUGGCCAAGAAUAGUAGUGUUAUCAUCAACAACUCACUGUAUGCGAAUCGACCGAUCAUCAAAAUCGACCCGGCUUCGUCGCAGGCUAGCGAGGCCGAGGAUGGGGAUUUUGAUGAGGAAUUGGCUUGA